AUGAUCAUGGUCUCGUUGGAGAACGGAAUUGCAACGACCGGAGGCUUCGCCUGUGGCCGGGCCUUUGUUAUGGGUCAUCAACGACUCUCCGGUAAGGACCUGUUUUACUGUAAAUUUCAAAAAAAAUACAAAAAAGAACUUAUUGCUCUGAAUUUGAAAAACACAUACGUAAUACUUGUCUACUAAUUAAUAUAAAUAAAUGAUUCAGGCUUGGGCUACUGUUUCUCGGCCUCGCUCCCACCAUUGUUGGCAGCCGCGGCAAUCGAAGCUUUGAAGAUUAUCGACGGAGACCAAGAACUGUUGUCGAAUCUGUCAACAGUUUCCCAACGAGUACACGAUGCAAUUCAAGAGGCAACAAGGGAUUCUGAAUUCAUUCUUCAAGGUGACCCAAACUCUCCUUUGAAGUUCAUCAGGUCAAAAGCCGACGACGAUGCCAAGUUGGACAAUCUCGUUGAUAAGGUAAGAAGCAAGUACAAUUUUUUGUUGACCACUUGCAGUUCAUGGAAAAUGGUAUUGUUGUGACCAGGUCGCGAUUCCUCGAUCAAUCAGAAGCCUUCCCAGUUCCCAAAGGGUAAGUGUUUUUUGCAAUAUAAUAAAUGUUUAAAGAAUCAAAGUAACGUGUAAUGCUGGCUGGAGCAACGACGAAGUCGAGAAAAUCAUAUCAUCUAUCAAAUCCACACUUUGA